AUGGCCGACCCGGGCAUCUACGGAGGCCUUGCUGCGCGGUAUGGGCGGCGCAGCGGCAUCGAGGGUGAAGGGGGGGGUGGCGGCCGACAUCAAGCGAAUGAUUCGCGAGGAGGGCGGGCGCGCAAGCAGCAGCAAGACCCCGACGAGAACAAGAGGAAGCCCCACUUGGAGCCGAACAACGCGCUUGGGAGCGGCGUGCCCCACACGGCGGGGGAGCCGUACGGCGUGACGAUGCGGCGGCGCACGGAUCCGCCGGCGCGCCACCCCAACGCCAUGACGUUUGGGAUGUUCGGCUGCCCGGCUGACCCUCUCGCCAUCCCCCCCCUUGGCCCAUACCCGCGCGCAAGGGGGCGCGGGGGUGCGCGGAUGACCUUUCCUGUUCACCAGAGCCCUCCCCUUUGCCAGAAGCCGGUCGCGCACGACGCGCUGAACAUUUGGAAGCCGGCGGAAGGCACGCCAGACUUUCUUGGCCGCAAUGACGGGACGACACUCUUUCACGAGUUUGGCCACGGACUUCACGGCAUCCCAAGCAACCCCAAGCACUCGACUCUUCCAGGCACAAACCCCGCCCGCGACCUCCCCGAGUUUCCAUCGCAGAACAACGAGCACUGGGGUGCGCACGACGCUGUGCUGGGGAACUGCGCCCUUCGCUAUGAAAAAAAGGGGCCGAUCCCGCGGGCGCCGGUGGAUCGCACAAAGGCGGCCGGGGCACGCAGGGCCAGGUUUCACACCACCGAGGUGGCCAGGGCGGCGCAGCUUGAUCUGUGA